UGAAACGGAGAUAAUUUUGAAGUACAACUGGUUCUGUUGUGUCGGCGUAGAGUAUCGCUUAAAUAAACAGAACAAAUAAAAAAAAAAUUACUUCGGUUGACUAUUAAGUUGGGGGAUUCUGCUAUAUUUGCUUAUUAAUCAACUCUCUCUAUUGACUUCCAAAUAAGAAGAAAAAAAAAAAAAAAGAAACUCUCUCUAUUGCUUAAAGAAUUCAUAACUGAAGAAAAAUAGAUAAAUUAAUUCAGUUUUAUUUCUCACUACAGAGUGAAGUGAAUGAGAAAAGCUGUAGUGAAAAUUCAGCAGCAAUGAAAAGAAGGAGGUUUGGAUCUUAGGCGAAGAUUUCGAAAGGAAAAAGGGUGAUAUUUUUCAAAACGAUUCGUUUGAUUAUUGAUGAAAUGCACUGGCAGGAUAAGAGGUGAAGCGAAGAAUCCGGCAAUUAUUUCGAGAUCCGGAGAAAGAAAUGUCUUAAAACCAAAUUUUUGAAUUUUUCUCAAAACGAUUCUUAGCUGCUCCUUUUUUUUUUUUUCCUUUGAAAUUAUGAAAUUUUGAUUUGCAAAAAAAAGAGAGGAGAAAUAGGGUAAAGGGUUUAUGGCAAUGGAGUCGAGAAUGGAGCGAUACGAGAUAAUGGAACAGAUCGGCCGUGGUGCUUUCGGCGCUGCCAUUCUCGUCCAUCAUAAAUCCGAGAAGAAAAAUUAUGUGUUGAAGAAGAUCAGAUUGGCGCGGCAAACGGAGCGUUGUAGGAGUUCUGCACAUCAAGAAAUGGCCCUUAUUUCGCGAAUUCAACACCCUUACAUUGUUAAAUUUAAGGAAGCCUGGGUUGAGAAAGGUUGCUAUGUUUGCAUUGUUACUGGGUACUGUGAAGGUGGCGAUAUGGCCGAAUUGAUGAAAAAAUCAAAUGGGAUCUAUUUCCCUGAGGAGAAACUCUGCAAGUGGUUUGCACAGCUACUUCUGGCAGUUGAAUAUCUGCAUUCAAAUUUUGUUCUUCAUCGGGACAUAAAGUGUUCCAAUAUCUUUCUUACCAAAGAUCAAGAUGUCCGCCUUGGGGAUUUUGGGCUUGCUAAAACUUUGAAGGCAGAUGAUUUGGCUUCCUCAGUGGUUGGAACACCCAAUUACAUGUGUCCUGAGCUGCUUGCAGAUAUCCCUUAUGGUUUUAAGUCUGAUAUCUGGUCUCUGGGGUGCUGUAUGUAUGAGAUGGCUGCUCGUCGUCCUGCUUUUAAAGCUUUGGACAUGGCAGGGUUGAUAAGCAAGAUAAACCGUUCCUCUAUUGGCCCUUUGCCUUCUUGCUACUCUCCAUCGUUGAAAACAGUUAUCAAGGGCAUGCUAAGAAAGAAUCCAGAGCAUCGACCAAGUGCAUCAGAGCUUUUGAAGCACCCUUAUGUGCAGCCUUAUGUUGAUAAGUAUUGUCCAUCAUUCAGCAACCUUUCAAAGAACUGCUGCUUGGAUAAGCAUGUUACCACCAGUCGUGGUAUUAGGAAAAACAUGGCCGAGAGUCAGAAUAGUAAUAGCUCAUGUAGCGAUAAAGAUAGUUUGCUUUCCAGUUACAGAAACACUGCCACAAGGGUUCCAGAUAGCAAUAAUAAGGCCACUGCCUCAGAUUCAAAUCCUAAGGGAGAAGAGAUUUGCCCCGUUAUUUCAGCUGGUGAAGUUGAUGAAGAAGGAAUGAUGAAACCUUCUUAUGUGGAGCAGGAAUCUAAUGUGCAAUCAAAGCAACCAAAAAACAUCAAAAGUAUGGUGACGGCUUUGAGAGAAGGGAAAGUAAGAGAAAGUGGUUCCCCUAUGAGAGGUAGCCGUACAAAAGCUGUAGGUGGAUUGACUCAGAGAAAUAAUAUAGAGGCAUCACUCAAAGUUCUCAAACCUCCUUGUCCAGCUCCAGGUUCAAAAUUCAAUGCAAAUACACCCACUGUUGCUUCAGCAAAAUUACCAUUAGAUUCUGCUAAAAGGAUGCCAGGAUCACACCAUUUGAAGCACCAGUUACCUGUAAUUGAAUCCUCCCCUAAGACUAAACCUAGAAAUGAAGGGACUCCUCCACCUGCACCUUGGAAGCAUGUUGCUGAAGAUAGUCUACCUUCUAAGCACAGAACUACUCCUUCCAACUUUGCAAGAAGAUCAUCUAUUACAGGAAAAAUGAAACAUGCUGGAACUGAUGUUUCAAAUGGGGCAAGUAACAGAAGCAAAUUAGGAUCUCCAGAAAUAAACCAGGAGUGUGAGGCUAUUUCUCGCCAACCGCCGAACACUUACUUUUCAAAUGCUUCUAGGGAGGUAAAACAAGGGGCUGAGACCGAGAUAGCUCUAAGUCAAUCUACAAAGGGGGUGCAAUCAGAUAACAGAAAUUCUAUCUCAUCUUCAAUCUCAAUUCAAGCAUUUGAGAUUUGUGAUGAUGCAAUAACCCAGUUUAUUGACAUGACAGAACAGACACAAGAUCAUGGGAUAAUCACUGAUAUCAAGAACUUGGAAUUGCAUCCACCAUGCAGCUCACCUGCUCUGAAAUCAGAGAUGCCUGAGGUUCUGUUGAGAGAAAGCUACAGUUAUGAUCAUGAAUCUGUCAUAUGUUCAACUGAAGAAUCUGAUCCAGUGAAGGCUCAUUUCACUUCAGUUGAUGAAAAAGCCAGUCCAAGUGCCCCUUUAGGCCUUCCGGUCCUGAUUUCUGAAGAAAAUUUUGUUCAUAAAGAUGAUACAGCUGCAAGCAGGAUAGUUAGUAGGGAUGAUGCCCCUGUGAGCACCUCAAGUAUGGAUGAUAUUCCUUUAAGCCAGAUAAGUAGAACGGAUGAUGCUCCUAUAAGUAGUCCUAGUAGUAGGGAUGAUGCCCCUGUGAGCACCUCAAGUACCUGGGAUGAUGCUCCUAUAAGCAGGCCUAGUAGCGGUGAUGAUGCCCCUAUAAGCAGGUUAAGUAUGGGGGAAAAUGCUCCUGUAAGUGGACCAACUGCUGGUGAAGAUUACCCCUUUAGCAGGCCAAGUAGAAGUGUUGAUGCCCCUAUAAGCAGGUUAAGUAUUGGGGAAAAUGCCCCUGUAAGUGGACCAACUGCUGGUGAAGAUUGUCCCGUUUGCAGGCCAAGUAGCAAUAAUGAUGCCCCCAUGAGCUGUAUAAGUAUUAGGGAUGAUACCCAUACAAGCAGGUUAAGCAUUGUGGAAAGUUUCCCUGUAAGCGGACUGACUGCCAGGGAAGAUUGCCCUACUAUCAGGACUGAUGAAACCAUCGCAAGCAGAUGUAGUAGUGGUUAUGACAAGUUCACUGUAAUGGAACUUCUCUCAUCAGUUGCAGAAACUUUGCCUUCCACCUCAUCAAUUUCAUGUAGCCCGAAGAAUUCACAACCAGAUAAAGAAACAAAUGUGCAUGAUUCAACAAUUGGAACACCAUCUGAUGAAAUUAUACAUGUUAAAAGGCACAGUAGCUUCUGUGUUGGCAGUGAGAAGCCAGCAGUCAAAAAGGUAGAAACGGGUGAUCGAAGUGUGGAUGUUGGGAAACUCAUAAAUGUUUCGAGGAAUGAAUUGUACACGAGAAACAUGACUAGUUCACUGACUCUUACAUCAAGUUGCACUGAAGCUUCAAGUUCAACAUCAAAUGUUUUAGAUUAUUCUGGUCUCACGGAAAUGGAUGUGAGGAACUCCAUUCCCUCUGGUGUUAAAGAAACGGAUACUACGUGCUGUGUUUCCUCAUCUCGAGGACUUAUAGAUGAUGUGAGGGAUGUAUUAGUUAUGAGAACCAUGACUAGCCCAGUGACCCUUGUGUCAAGUUGCUCUGAAGCUUUAAGCUCAGCACCAAAUGUUUCGGAUUAUUCUGGUGUCGGAGAAAUGGAUGUUAGGAACUCUAUUUGCUCUGCUGUUGAAGAAAUGGAUAUUAGUAACUCUGCUUCUUCAUCCCCAAAACUCGUAAAUGAAGCAAGGGAUGAACUGUAUAUGAGAAACACGACUAGUCCAGUGACCAUUACAUCAAAAUUUUCUGAAGCUUUAAGUUCAACACCGAAUGUUUCAGAUUAUUCUGGUGUAGAAGAAAUGGAUAUUAGGAACUCCAUCUCCUCAUCUCCUGAACUGAUAGAUGUUAUGAGGGAUGAAUUGGAUAUGAGAAACACGACUAGUCCAGUGACCAAUACAUUAAGUUUCUGUGGAGCUUUAAGUUCAACACCAAAUAUUUCGGAUUAUUCUGGUGUCGAAGAAAUGUCCAUUAUCUCUGGUGUUCAAGAAAUGGAUAUUGUGAACUCUAUUUCCUCGUCUCCAGAACCCAUGAAUGUUGUGAGGGAUGAAUUAGAUAUAAGAAACAGGAUUAGUCAAGUGACCCUUGCAGCAAGCUGCUAUGAAGCUUUAAGUUCAACAUCAAAUGCUUCAUAUUAUUCUUGUGUUAAAGAGGUGGAUGUUAGGAACUCAAUGCGCUCCACUUUUAAAGAAAUGGAUAUUGGGAACUCCAUUUCCUCAUCUCCAGAACCCACAAAUGUUGCGAGGGAUGAAUUGGAUGCAAGAAACAUGACUAGUUCAGUGACCCUUGCAUCAAGCUGCUCUGAAGCUUUAAGUUCAACACCAAAUGUUUUGGAUUAUUCUGGUGUUAAAGAAAUGGAUUGUAGGAACUCCAUGCCCUACGUUGUUAAAGAAAUGGAUAUCGGCAACUCCUUUUCCCCAUCUCCAGAACCCAUCAAUGUUGUGAGAGAUGAAUUGGAUAUGAGAAACAUGACAAGUCCGGUGACCCUUGCAUCAAGUUGCUCUGAAGCUUUAAUUUCAACACCAAAUGUUUCAGAUUAUUGUGGUGGUAAAGAAAGGGAUAUUAGGAACUCAACUUCCUCCCCGGAGGCUGUGAAGCCCGGAUCUUGUGUAACAGAAGAUGAGAAACCUGCAAAGGAAACUCUGGAUGUCAAUUCUUAUAGGCAAAGGGCAGAGGCACUUGAAGGGCUCCUUGAAUUGUCUGCAGAGCUACUGCAGCAAAACAGAUUACAAGAGCUGUCCAUAGUUUUGAAGCCUUUCGGGAAAGAUAAGGUGUCUCCAAGGGAGACAGCUAUCUGGCUAUCCAAGAGUAUGAAAGGAAUGAUGAUAGGCGAUUACGGACGGAAUUCAUGAAGUAUUAUUAUUACUAUUUCCGGUAUUCUUUUUCUCAUAUAUUCACACUGCUGUUGUAAUUGUUAGCUUUUUUGGAUAACGUGCUUACCUCCUAUCACCUCAUACUGUAAUUCUUUCAAUGCAUUUUGUCAUUGUACAUAGUUGAAAAUACCAAUGUACGAAUAUGCUACGUAGAAGACGUUGAAUGCAAAUCAAAGUGAAAUGAUUACAAUUGGAUCCACUUGCAGUGGAUGUUUCGGGUCUGUGCGAUUUGUUUUUCUAAAAA